AUGGCGUCCCUGAAUUGUUCAGCGGACCAACUGGCCUUAUUCUUCGGCCCCAACACCACCAACGCCUCUGGCGCCGCCGACUACAUAUGCCGGCAGUUCACCGGUGUGACGGACAGAUUCACCGACACCACCUUUGCCGUUGAUUCUACUUACCUUCUUUUCUCAGCCUACCUCGUCUUCUCCAUGCAGCUUGGUUUCGCCAUGCUCUGCGCCGGAUCCGUCCGUGCCAAGAAUUCCAUGAAUAUCAUGCUGACAAACGUCCUGGACGCCGCCGCCGGUGGGCUUUUCUACUAUAUGUUCGGCUUCGCUUUCGCCUUCGGCGGCCCCUCCAACGGCUUCAUCGGAAAACACUACUUUGGGCUGAAAGAGAUACCUUCUUCAUCGUACGAUUACAGUUCGUUUUUGUAUCAAUGGGCUUUUGCUAUAGCCGCCGCCGGUAUUACAAGCGGCUCUAUAGCUGAGAGAACACAAUUCGUUGCGUAUUUGAUUUACUCUUCAUUCCUCACCGGAUUUGUAUACCCAGUAGUUUCGCAUUGGUUUUGGUCGCCUGAUGGCUGGGCCAGUGCUUUUAACACCAACGAUCUUCUAUUCGGGUCCGGAGUCAUCGAUUUUGCCGGAUCGGGUGUUGUUCAUAUGGUUGGUGGCUUUGCAGGGUUGUACGGUGCAUUAAUUGAAGGCCCGAGGAUCGGACGAUUCGACCAAAACGGCCGUGCGGUGGCGUUGCGGGGCCACAGCGCGUCGUUGGUUGUGCUCGGAACUUUCAUGUUAUGGUUCGGUUGGUACGGGUUUAAUCCCGGUUCUUUUAACAAGAUUCUCUUCCCGUAUGUCAGUGGGAGUUAUUACGGACAGUGGAGCGCCAUCGGCCGCACGGCGGUCACCACCACCUUAGCUGGCUGCACCGCCGCGUUGACCACACUCUUCGGGAAGAGAAUCCUGUCGGGACACUGGAACGUGACAGAUGUUUGUAACGGGUUAUUGGGCGGUUUCGCUGCCAUCACGGCUGGGUGUUCGGUGGUCCAGCCGUGGGCAGCUAUUAUAUGUGGGUUUGUGGCGGCGCUGGUGCUGAUUGGGUGCAACAAACUGGCGGAGAAAGUCAAGUUUGACGACCCACUAGAGGCUGCGCAGCUCCAUGGUGGCUGUGGCGCAUGGGGUGUAAUUUUUACGGCAUUGUUUGCCACCGAGAAGUACGUGAACGAAGUGUACCCGGGCAAACCGGGUCGACCAUACGGGUUGUUCAUGGGUGGUGGUGGGAGGCUAUUGGCUGCACAUAUUAUCCAAAUUCUUGUGAUAAUCGGGUGGGUCACUGCAACCAUGGGUCCUUUGUUCUUAAUUUUGCACAAACUCAAGCUUCUUCGGAUCUCCGAGGACGAUGAAUUAGCGGGUAUGGAUAUGACCCGACAUGGUGGGUUCGCGUAUGUAUAUGAAGACGAUGCGGAAGCACACAAGCAUGGGAUACAAAUGAGAAAAAUAGAACCAACUUCAAUUACUCCAAAUUGA